UUUAUCGUUGUCUUUUCACGAACAGAGUCUAGUAUCUAUGACGGUAGAGCUUCACCGGCCAAAAACGCUACCAGAGUUGCUCUCGAAUAAGGACGUGGUUGUGGAUACGAUUUUGCAGGAGGGACGACCACGUUUAAUGAAGUUGCUACUGAACGUAACGAUCCAAGGCAGCUUGGGACCGGUGCAGUUGGUGAUGACGCCGGAAUCAACUGUCAACGACCUGAUCGCCACAUCUGUGCGGAUUUAUGCGAAAGAGGAUCGCCGGCCAAUCUUGGUGACCACUGACCCCGCCAUGUUCGACCUCCAUUAUUCACAAUUCAGCUUAGAAAGCUUAGAUAGGGAGGAGAAGGUGAUUGCAUUAGGAUCGAGAAACUAUUUCCUAUGUGUUAAGAAGGCUAUGGUUGAUAUUUGCACAACGAUGCCAUCUUCGUCGUGCUCAAAACAGGUCGAGAAAGCUUCCAAGAAUGGGUUUGUUUGGCUCAAAUUCAUGGAUUUCUUGCAGCUUUGA